UUAGUUUCCUUAUUCUGACCCCUCCCAGUCAUUGCACAGGACAUUCUUCUUCCUGGAUGCGUUCCCAGCAGUGAGUAACGAACAGCUCAGUCUUCUGAUCCUGGAGACGCAAGGAUGAUCCUGAUAGCAGUGUCCCCCGUACUCCUCUACCUGCUAAGCUUUACUCUGCUUCACCCUGUCGUUCUGGGAGAGAAUGACAGGCCAAUAAUAGGAAUCAUAACUCAGGAGGUCUCAGAUGAGGUGUUCCUUCAGUAUGGUAAAACAUAUAUUGCGGACUCCUAUGUAAAGUUUCUUGAGUCAGCUGGUAGCAGAGUGGUUCCUAUCCGGCUGAAUCUGAGUGAGGAUGAAUAUGUCCAUCUUUUCAAGUCCAUCAAUGGAGUCCUGUUUCCGGGAGGAGCAGUUGAUAUCCUGAAUUCUAGCUUUUCGCGGACAGCUGACAUAUUUUAUAAGCUAGCUAUUGAGGCCGCAUCCACUGGUAUUUAUUUCCCUAUCUGGGGCACUUGUAUGGGUUUCCAGAUUCUUACUGCACUGACAUCUGGGAAGAACUUAUUAUGUAAAACGUCUGCUGAGAAUAUAUCCCUCCCACUCUUCCUUACUGAUGAUGUCUCUUCCAGCAAAAUGUUUCGUCAUGCUCCCUUGGAGCUGCUGCAUGCAGUCUCCGAAGAAAAUAUAACAGCAAAUUUCCACCAUUUUGGAAUCACCCCAAAGACCUUCCUUGCCAAUGAAAAGCUUGCAACAUUUUACCGUAUCCUAUCUACAAACCAGGAUCAGGAUGAUGUGGAGUUCAUAUCCACCAUGGAGGCUCGGGAUUAUCCAAUCUAUGCAGUACAAUGGCAUCCAGAGGUGAACCGCUUCCAGUGGCGCAGUGAUCUUGCCUUUCCACACUCUGUCAACGCUAUUUGGAUAUCACAAUAUCUUGCAAAUUUCUUUGUGGAUGAAGCCCGAAAGAAUGCAAAUCGCUUCUCAAACCCCAAAGAGGAAGAAUUGGCUCUGAUCUAUAACUGGCCAGUGACGUACACAGCUAAUAUCAGUGGCUAUGAGCAGGCGUAUUUCUUCGAUUAGUCAUCUCUGACAAACCUUGACCAAGGCUUUAUCAAGACAGUAUCAAGAUUAAAAUCUUUCUUCAAGAACCACAGACCUACAUAUGGAUGGAGUGUCACAGAUUUCUCCUGUUAAAUAAUGUCAGAUAUGCUGUAUUCUGGUUGGUUGCCUGUCUGAGGCAGUAUUCAUAGGACCAGGUACCAAGGGUACAUGCCCUGGGUCUCUUUGCACUCUCAAUCACCACAUUAAGUUCUGUCUACCUCAUCCCCUGUACCAGUGCCCCAAGUGUCUACAACCACCUCUAUUCUCUAAGGGUUGAUGUUCAUGUUUUGAGGGAGAGCUCAUUUAGGCUACUUUCACACUAGUGGCAGCCUUCUCCGGCAGGCUGUUCUGGCGAGUGAACAGCCUGUCGGAUCCGUGCUGCCGCUAGUGCACAAGGCUGUUUCGGCGGGUGAACAGUCUGCCGGGUCCGUGCUGCCACUAGUGUGAAAGCAGCCUUAGUUUCAUUCAUUAGAUGUAUCAUAAGUCUAUAGAAAAUAAUAUCAGUUUUAAACAUUGUAGAUAUUUUACAUUUUUUUUAAACUUCCCAGAGAGCAGCCAUAUUGGAGACACACACCUCCUUCCUGUAUUGUCUUUAUAGUCAGUACAGCGCUCUUAUGACAGGUGAAAUGAAUGGCAGUUGACAGAAUUGACAGAAAAAUGUAGAUUACUACAGGCUCCAUGGGGCAAUGGAGUACAGAGAGACCAGAAAGUGACAGGAGAUUGUAUCUGUGUAUAUAGCGUAUAAUGUUGCUAGCCUGCCUUAUCUAUGCCUCCAGCAGUACAAUAGAGCUGCUAUUAACUUAUCUACUGUACUUUCGAUUGAUGAGAUGAAUCUGUUCUGUCUAAAUCUAUACAGCAAAUCUACAGAAAGCAUCACAUUUCAAGAUUUUUAUUGUUUUGGACAGCAACAAAAAAAGUAAUAAAAAACAUAAAAGAA